ACCCUGCUUCCGGAAUUGCCGCCACCACCGAGGGAACUUUUAAGGAACGUGGCCGCUAAAAUUAGCAUUCGGAAAUCACAGAUUCAUUGGUCGACAAGGAUGUCCGCAGACGGUGCAUUGCGACAACGCGACGAACUUCGUCGGAGCGAGUCGCCACAUCCUGGCUCUUCGCGAUCGGAUCGAGGAGCAGGCGGACGCAAUUCGCGAGUUCGCAUCAAAAAGCGGAUGCGAAUUUGCGGUCACACCCCUUCGGGCUCCGCACAUGGGCGGACUAUGGGAGGUGUAAAAACUGCAAAGCACCUACUCCUACGAGCGGUGGGCAGCGCACUUCUCAACGCCGAAGAGGUGGCACCAGUCCUCGUCGGGAUCGAGGCCACGAUGAACUCGCGGCCCCUCGGAGCGCUCAGCCAGGACCCAAGCGACGGAGAGGCGCUAACUCCCGGGCACCUGCUGACAGGCGGGCCGCUCAUCGCAGCACCAGCACUUCGGACCCCGGACCAGGCGGGUCUCAGUUGCUUGCGGCGAUGGCGGUUUGUCUCGUCAGUCAGGCAAACGUUCUGGCGGCGAUGGUCCCGGGAAUAUGUCCUGGGCCUUCAGGUUCGGGGCAAGUGGCACAAGGAGAAGGCCAACGUCGAGGAGGGCCAACUAGUCUAG